CAGAGAGGAUCUAAGAAGAAAAAAGCCAGCUUCAAGCACUGUUAUUGAUGUGGAAUAAGGGAGUUGCUCUGUUCAUACAGCUGGACUUGCUAACACGGGAAUUACAGCUAUUAUCCAGUAGUACUCAGACUCACUUAAAGGUGUGUGCCUUGGGCUAGUCACAGAAUCUGUGUCUUUUUUUCUCUGGGAGUCUUUUUUUUCACCUGCUACAAUCAGCACAAAAUGGAACCCAAUAGUCCCAAAAAGAUACAGUUUGCAGUUCCAUUAUUUCAGAGUCAGCUGGAUCCUGAGGCCUCAGAACAGAUAAGAAAAAGAAGACCCACACCAGCAUCUCUGGUUAUAAUGAACGAUCAUUCUCCGCCAGAAAUAGAUGACAAGAGAACGACAAACACACAUGAAGAAAAUGUGUCCCCCAAGCAGAGGAAGCAAAGUGUGUACACAGCACCGUCCAUGAAAGGUACUGUUCAGGGGUUAAACAGAUGAAAAACCAGAAUGAAUCUUCCUUACCUGAAGAAGGGGAGAAUGAAGCUGAAGAAGAGGAAUGCGACCACUGAAUAUCAACUCUUAUUUGUUUUCUCUCUGUAAUUAUACAAACUGACAUUUUGUUUUGCAGGAUAAACAUGGUGUUCUAUGGCUUAAGAAGUGGGUGCAUUUCUAAACAACUUGUGCUUAGGAAUAAAUUCCUCUGUAACUGCAUCAUAGCCAAAUCCAGUAUUAAAUGAAUUUCAUUCAGCACCAUCAUUCCUAAUUUGUGCUAUUUCAGCUAAUUUGCUAGAGGUUUCUAAUGAGGGUUAAAAGAACUGUACAUGCUACUAAUUUCUAAUAGUUACACAGAACAGCUUUUUAUUCCAAUGUUACAAAACAGUUAAAAAAAACAGCUUGUUAUUCCAAUGUUAACUCUACAGCACUGGUUCUCAAACCUAUCGUUAGGCCUUCCCAACAGGCCAGGCUUUCUGGAUUACCUUGGGUGCGAGCAGGUAAAAUAACCAUGGUUACUAAUCAGCUGAUUAUUUCACCUGUGCUCUAGUUCAGAUAUCCUCAGGAGAGGUUGAAAACCAGUGCUCUACAGUGAAUGUAACCAGUCCCAUGAUAACAUACAGCUUAGUCUCAAUAUAAAACCGCUUCAUAAAGUGCAAUUACGUCUUUUGUUACCAUCUGUUGUCCUACUUCAGAAAUUUUUUAUCUGUAAGUGUAUUUGUGUGCUAUUAAACGGAUGACGGUUUGACGUUUUCUAUGCAAUUUAUAUAUAUAUAUAUAUGUCUUCACAUUCCUUCUGGGCAAUUAAAGUCACAGUUUAUAAAAUUGUUUUGUUUAUUUGAAUUGUUAUCAAGGUUAUAAACUUGGUUAACAAAAAGGCAUUCAGAAUGUAUAGUAACCAUCCAUUUGGCAAUAUUUCUUUUUAAGGACUGACAUUGUGAUAGAAAUGUUAAGGUAAAUUGCACUGGUUGUGCUUAAAGAUAUACCUAAGCCAUAAAGUUACUAUUAUACUUUAGAAAAUGUAUUAGAAUAUUUUUCUCAGUAAAAACUCUUUGGUCCUCUUGUUAACAAAUCUUAUAACUUUAGACAAAGAUGAAGUACAAGCACAGACUGUAUGGUCAACUUUUCAGUUUCAUACAGAAAGGUAAUUGCUUUCACUACAUUUAAAAGGCACUUAAAAUGCACAUAAAAUACACACAAAAAGCACAUAAAAUGCACAUAAAAUACACAUAAAAUACACAUAAAGGUGUCUAUUUAUCAAAGCGUCCACUGAAAAUACAAUUGAAUUCCACCUCGUAUUUGUCGCGAGAUUGAUCCGCCGUAGUUAUCAAAGCGUCAAGAUCGGCAAAUUUCGAAAUUUGUGACUUAAAAUACAAUCCCGCGAUCUCAAUCCGACGCAGAUCGAUACAUGCCUCAUUACAGAUGUUUCUAAUUCACAUUCGACUCUAUUUGACACUUUUCCCAAUUUAUCAAACAUUUAACGCAGCGUAACUAGUUUUCAAUCAGCCACCCUUGAGGUCGCAGAUGCCAUAAAAUUUAAUGGGAGUCUGAAAACACAGAAAGCUUAUGUUCGAUGCUGCAAGAGAUUGAAGUAUAUUACAAUUAGAAACUCUACUAAAAUUGUAUACCCUUUCUAAAUCAAACAAUAGUAUUGCUCCACAUUUGGAGCACUAGUAGAUAUAGGGAUAAAAUUGAAAAAUACAUUACUACUUAUGGAUUAUGCUGCAAAUUUGUCUCUCAUUACAAAGCAAGGGGACAAUAUUAUUUCUACAAUUUUGUUGAAAAGUUUUGCCCCAAACUUGUUGCACUAAUAGAUAUAGAGAUAAAAAUGAAAUACACAACAUAAUAUAGUUAACUUCCUUUUUAUUUUUUGUUAAAAAUCUAUGUGCACCAUGUUUAAGUCAUGUAAUACAAGUCCCAUUCUCCACACCAAUUUUGACUCAACACUUUUUGCACCAAUUAUGAUGCAAACUCCUAAACAACCCACACACUAGUGAAUUUUUCAACCACUUUUGAUUGGAAUAUGCAUAAUCACAUGAUUUAUGACAUCAGCCACUCUGAUACAAAUAUACAUUUUAAACUAUCAACAAUGAUUCAAAAUGCUUGAUACUUGUGUCAUUGAUUACUCAUCAGAACUUGUAAGUGCCAUUUGUUACAUUGUGUAUUAUACUUUGAAAGUAUGUAAUGUAUAUGUGAAUAUAGAAUUAAAGAUAAACAUUGAUGCUGACAUUAGGACACACAGUGUAAUAUUUAAGACAAGGAUUUUAAAAUUCGAAUUGAUGUUUGAUUCAAUAUAAUCUUAAGAUGAUAGUUCAAAUGGAUAGCCCACCUAACAUUAAACUGUCAUGAUUCAGAUCCAGCAGAAAUUAAAAUCACCUCUUUACUGUUA